GGCGCGGCCGGGCGGCGGCGCUGCGGGACGGGCCCCCGCCGCCUGCCGGCCGCCGCCCCGCCCCCGCCCCGCCGAGGCCCGCAGCGGCGGUGCCGCCAGGCGCGUAGGCAGCGCGGGGUGCGCGGCGCGGCGGCGCGGGCGGCAGGACCUGCGGCAGGGGUACCCCCAGCGGCCCCUUUCCCCCCGCCGGAUCCGCGCGGCCCGCGUCCCCGGGCAGCACCAACAAAGGGCCGGAGCGCGCUCCGCCGCUGCGGGAGGGCGCGGAGGCAGGGGCCGCCGCCGCCGGCGGCCUCUCCCCCCCCUCCCCGGGGGGAGGUGCCAGGCGCAGCGCGGGGACCGGCCCGCCGGGGAGCCGCCGGGGAUUGGCUCGGCCGGGUGCGAGCCGAAGGUGCUGGGAGAAGCCAUCUGCAGCGCAGGCGAUUUCGCCCGCUGUGCGUGGGGGGGAGGGGGGCUCUCCCUUGCGGGUGGUUUGGGUUUUUUUUUUUCUUCCUCCCUUUUUUUUUCCUUUUCACGGGAUCAUGGCCAUGGCAGCGGGGCCGUGAUGUCCCCGGGAGCAGCCCCACUGCUGCAAUGCUGCCUGCAGCAGCCCUAGCGAGGGGAGGCGUUUGAGCGGCGGCCGGUGGCCGCACAUCCUCCCCGCGGCAGCGCCGCCGCCUUUCUCUCCCCGCCGCCCGCGCCCCGUGCGCCCAGACCGGCGGGAGAGGGGCCUCGCCGCCCGCCCAGCGCCGUCCCCUCUGCCCGCGAACAGCAAAUCCGCCGAGCCGGGCUUUAAACUAAUAAUAAUAAUAAAACCCCACCAACCCCAUAAAGGCGAGAGGGAGAGCAGAGCCGCGCACAACAUGGCCACUCUGCUGCGGAAAAUCGGGCUGAUCCGGCUGCACAACCGGGACACGGAGGACCCCAAGCACCACCACCACCACCGCAGCAGCAGCAGCCAGCAGGGCUCCUCGCUCAGGGGCAGGGGCAACCAGAAGAACAGCAGCAACAAGCCGCAGCCGCAGGGCCCCCCCGGGGGCGGCGGCGGCUGCAGCAGCAGCAGCAGCGAGAGCAGCCCCGGGGGCCACAAGAACAAGAAGGCGCCGGAGAUCGCCAAGCAGCCCCCGCAGCCGCGCUCGGGCGGCGGCAGGGAGAAGCCGCGGGAAGCGACCAGGGAGCCCGGCGCCGGUAAGGAGGCGGCGCAGCGGCCCGGCCCCGGUCCCGGCUCCGGCUCUGGGUGCGGGUCGGGGCCGGCGCCGCUGUUGCCGCUGCCUUCGGGGUCGGGGCCGCUGGCGCCCGCGGGCCGGCAGCAGCACUGCACGCAGGUGCGGACCCGGCGGCUGAUGAAGGAGCUCCAGGACAUCGCGCGGCUCAGCGACCGCUUCAUCUCGGUGGAGCUGGUGGACGAGAGCCUCUUCGACUGGAACGUGAAGCUGCAUCAGGUGGACAAGGACUCGGUGCUGUGGCAGGACAUGAAGGAGACCAACACGGAGUACAUCCUGCUCAACCUCACCUUCCCCGACAACUUCCCCUUCUCGCCGCCCUUCAUGAGGGUGCUCAGCCCCCGCCUGGAGAACGGCUAUGUCCUCGACGGCGGAGCCAUCUGCAUGGAGCUGCUCACCCCCCGCGGCUGGUCCAGUGCCUACACUGUGGAGGCCGUCAUGAGGCAGUUUGCAGCCAGCUUGGUCAAGGGGCAGGGCCGUAUCUGCAGAAAAGCUGGCAAAUCAAAAAAGUCAUUCAGUCGAAAGGAAGCUGAAGCAACAUUUAAGAGUUUGGUGAAGACCCAUGAAAAAUAUGGGUGGGUCACCCCACCCGUCUCUGAUGGCUGAUGUUAGCAACCUGCACUUGACAAAAAUGCUGAACAAAAGUACUGUGACAUCUCCUCAGUGCUGUACACCGCCCAUCCUUUUCUACUUCAGCUUCAGUUACAUACCAUGAAUGUCAAGGAGACAUCUAAGUUAUUUAUGAACAGAUGUGUUUACAGAGGGAGAGAAGAAAAAAAAAAAUGCUGUGUAGGAUUAUAUUUCAAGACUGGAGAAUGGUCAUCAUUGAAGUCACUUGAGCGGAUGCUGAGAUUGCGUCAUUUGCCCCCAUACAGCCCACAUUGUCUUCAGCUUCUUUCCAUGACAGCAGCACCAAACAGCAGUACUGGAAAGUCUAUCCAUUACUGCUCAGUUCAUUUAAAUGUAAAUGAAACAGUUAAUAUUUAAUAGGGAAGCAGUGCAUUGCAGGUACAUGUUUGCUGUGCUGUUUAUCUUUGUCUCCUAGCAGGUCAACAUAACUUGAAAAUUUGUCUUUAUGUGGAACUGUGGUCUGCUGUGACUGAAUUUAGACCUCAUUUGUGCUCUAUAUAUGACCUUUAAUUCAUAAAUGAAACCAGAAUUAAAAUGCUGAAAGGUCCUAGUGUUGAAAAGUGGAAUCACCCAACCGAUUACAAUGUGCUCUCUAUGCUGAUAUUGUGAUGUGCUGUUCAGAAAUAAACCAGUGCAGUUAGCUGAAGGUUAGGUGGUUUUUUUAAACACAUCCACGCCAGGGCUUGGAGUGGUGGGUGGUAGCAGAACCACUAUUAUCCUGCCGGUACCUUCUGCAGUAGCAUGUGGCCUGUCAGUUCUUCAAAAUGGCAAAACAAACGGAUGGAAAUGGACAAAGCAACCUUAAAAAAUUAUCUGCUUAAUUUUAAAAUGAUAUGCCAGUAACAGAGUAAAAAUUUUCAAGGCGAAUGGAACAUGGUUUGUAAGAUGAUUUGCAUGACUGGAAUUUUCUUUUUUAUUUUCACUCAAUAGACAUUGUAUGUACUUAGAGCCCAGUAUCUGAGAAAACCCACUGAUGUAUAUAAAUGUCCUAUUAUUUAAUCAUUAAGAUUUAAGUUUUCUGGUAAACGAUUUGAAAAAAACUUUCUAAGGGACUCCAUAAAAGCUGAAGGUAAUGUUUAGAAUGGUAUAAGAAAAGCAUUAAACAAUGUGGAUUCCGAAUGGAAAAUCGUAUUGGACACAUGCUGAAUAAAAUCACCAGUAUCGUU